AUGUCCUUGACCGUCCGCAAAUUCCACUUCCUCAAAUCCCCUCACUACAUCAUGGCUGACUUCUACCACACGACCUCUCCCUCCGAUCGUUCCCGCUCCACUUCCCCUCCCUUCAUCCUCCGCCCUGUCUCAACCGCCACCGACGACUCUAACGACUCUUACGACUCCCUCGCCUCCGUCAACCACAUUGACGGCAUCACUGUAGAUGACCCACACCUCGAAAUCGGCGUCCCCAGUCUCCCUAGUCGCAUCAUGAACCCCCACACGCCCAGUGUGGGGCAAGUAUUCGCUCUAUUUAACAUCAUUCCCCGCAUUCUCAUUCCUGUCUACCCUUCCCCCAUCUAUAACUUGACCCACUACUUGAACCCCAACCUUGUCGGCGCACUCUAUCACAUCACCUUCACCGAUGACGAGGCCCCGAUCAUGUUGGAAUAA